GGUCAUCUUGAGCAACAAAUAAAUCCAAUGAAAACAAAAAGGAAAGUAAGCUGUCAGUCGUCUUCCACGUCGUCGCCCUCGGACUCUUCUGCGGCCCGGCGCUCGAACGCCUUGUCCCGGUGCCGCUCCUGGAUCUCCUUCAUCUCCUCGGCGUAGCGGCUGAACGCUCCCCCAAACUUGCUCCAAGCCUUGAAGGGGAUCGUGAUAGAGUUCCGGUAGCUGGGCUUCACCUCGCUCACCCGCAAGAAAACGCCGUACUUGUUGGAGCCCACGUCGAAGAAGAAGCGCUUAGAGUCCACCAUGAUGGAAGUGCCCUCCGGGAGCUCGCUGUAGCCGGUCGCCCCUCCACCGCCGCCGACCAGCUCGUCGUCAUCGCCGCCGUAGUCGUCUAUCAACUUGGCCAAGGCGUCGCGGAACUCUAUCAAGCCCUGGGCCGGCAAGGCGAUGGUCUGUCCGGCCUGCAUGCCAGUUCCGGGCAUGCCACCCACGCCGACACCGAAGCCGGGGCCUCGGUUGACGGUCUGGCGGAUCCGGAGAAAGCGACCCCGCUGGUUCUCCUUCAGGUCGAGGUAGUAUUUUCGGUUCUCCCGCACCAGGAACUCGCUCUUCAAGGCCCGCCGAGGCCCGCUGUCAUCGCCACCGGAUGACUGAGCGAUCUGCUCCGGAGUGCUAGGCCCCAGCUGGGCGUAGUGCUCGAUGAAAUCUCCGAGGUAGUCGCGGAACUCCGCCGCCACUGACAUGGAAAGGGUCAGCCGACUUUUCGACCCCCCGGCGCCGACCUCGGCGAUCUUGAUGAACCGGCCUUUGGCGUUCUGCUUCACGUCAAGGUAGAAGCGUUUGUUCUGGAUGUCUAGCCGCUUAGAGGCCAGCUCCUGAGUCUCGGGCUCCCGCUGAUAAUGCUGGAAGCCGCCGCCACCACCACCACCCCCCCCUCCGCUGCUGCUGCCACCGCGCUCACUUCCACUGUCCCCAUCCGCCAUCUUCGCCGCCAGCAGCCCCUUUCUCUGUGCAGCUUUCACCCGCACCCCCUUUGCUAGCCCAGCUCGCGCAAGCAAGAAACCGGAUGCCAAGGUUUGAGUGGUGAUUGGCUCCCACGGAUGCCACUCCUGAAAUCCUGUGUUUCUAUUGGCUAAUCUCCUGCCCAUCAUGUGAACGCUUACCACCCACUAUGACGUAAUAGUAAUGUAUUUACAAUUGAAAACUGCAAUGUGAGUGUUCUCGCUACAUGAGUGUUUGUUUGUUUGGUUAGUUGUUUUUUUUUAGCUUAGACGUUUAUCGGUGUUUGAAAGCUAAAGAUGGUGACUUAUGCGACGAAUUGUCGCACAUAGAGUCGAGGUGAUAUCCACAACGGCGAUGUCCUUAUGGUGCAUUUUGGGAAACUCCUGGAAGGACACUCCACAAAUCCCGCCUACUUGUUGGUUACGUGCGCAAAAAGCAGCCGCGAUUAUAGCUUCUUGGUGGGGGAGGAUGGGUGGACGUCAUCCAUACAAGCCGUGCCCUGAUUGGCGUAGGUCAAUGGUCCGAAGUAGCAACGGAUCAUCCAAUUGGAUGCCGGGGCUGCCACUGCGGCUGGUGUGAAAAAGACUUUACGAGGGAUUUGUUUCUUUGCCCGUCGAAAACCGAAAUUAUUUGAUAUCCACGUAGUGCUUCAGUCAGAUAAAGAGGCGGAAAAUGGCUGGCGGCAAGGCAGGAAAAGACAGCGGCAAAGCUAAAGCAAAGGCAGUGUCUCGCUCACAGAGGGCCGGCCUUCAGUUCCCAGUUGGUCGCAUCCACAGGCACCUGAAGACCCGCACGACCAGCCAUGGUCGCGUUGGAGCCACAGCAGCUGUGUACAGCGCCGCCAUACUGGAGUACCUCACCGCUGAAGUGCUAGAGUUGGCAGGCAACGCGUCCAAAGACUUGAAGGUGAAGCGAAUCACUCCUCGUCACUUGCAGCUGGCCAUCCGCGGCGACGAAGAGUUGGACUCGCUUAUCAAGGCCACAAUUGCUGGCGGAGGUGUCAUCCCCCACAUCCACAAGUCUCUGAUUGGGAAGAAGGGCCAACAGAAGACUGUUUAGAUGCCACCUUGCUUGACCUUCAUCAUCUGGGCUUGGGCUUUGAUCGGACCAGAGGGUCACAUUUGCCCUUUUUUUGUAUUAUUAUUAUUAUUAUUAUUUUUAUUAUUAUUUUUUUUUACGUUAGCAAACCAAGAGUGAUGGUUAGACUUGGUGUUUUCUCCCCACUUAAAAGAAACACUUAAUGACUGUUUGUGUGUCUUGUUGGAAUGCUUGACUGGAGAGUUGACGUUUGUGUCAAGAACGGCGACAGUGAAUUUGUUUGAUUGGCUUGUUAUGUUUUAUACUAAAAAGAAAACUUGUUAAAAUCAUUUAUAUAUAUAUGUAUAAAAAAUGCUGUGGUAUUGACGGUAUAUUUUUGAACAGCUAAAUGUGCGUCGGUGCUUUUCACCUCUCGAUGUGUUUUUAACUGCACAAUCUUAGAAGUAUGACGUUGUUGUUGUUUUUUAAUGACAUUGAUAUGAAAAAUUGUGAGAUGCAACUGUACCUGUAUUUGGAGUGCAGAAGUAUUUUUUUAAAACUUGAAAAUUUGGUGGCACUGAACCCUGCAGGUCUGGCCUCAAUGUGCUGGUGUCCGUGACAUAUCGCUACGUUUCCUGAAAACCUCAGCAGGGCUUAACACUCAAACGUACUGUGUGUGUGUGUGGGUGUGUGUAUGUGAAACAUGAAUAUCACUCCAUGACAUUCUAUUAAUGAACAUCAGAGCAAUUCUGGGAAAAAAAAUAAUCUGUGUUCAAAACACUCUUUUGUCUUUGAAUAAAAACCCUUUGUAUGCCAUCACUGACUUA